GGGGCGGCGGCGGCGCGGGAGGAGCGGGGACGGGCCCAGGCUGAGGGUGACACCGAGACGGGCGGGAAAGCUGCGAGUGGGAACUGAGGAGCCAUGCUCACGUCCAGACUCUUCACGCUCGUCCUGGUGGUGCAGCCGUCCCGCGUCCUCCUGGGCAUGAAGAAGCGCGGGUUCGGCGCGGGGCUGUGGAACGGCUUCGGGGGCAAGGUGCAGCCCGGGGAGAGCAUCGAGGAGGCUGCCCGCAGGGAGCUCCUGGAGGAGAGUGGACUGACUGUGGACACCCUGCAGAAGAUGGGUCAGAUCACAUUUGAGUUUGUAGGCAACUCUGAACUCAUGGACGUUCACAUUUUCCGGGCAGAUCACUUUCAUGGAGAGCCAAGAGAAAGCGAGGAAAUGCGGCCCCAGUGGUUCCAGCUGGACGAGGUGCCCUUCCAUUGCAUGUGGCCAGAUGACAGCUACUGGUUUCCCCUGGUGCUUCAGAGAAAGUUGUUUCGAGGCUAUUUUAAGUUUCAGGGACAAGACACCAUCCUGGAGCACAGCCUGAAAGAAGUGGAGGAAGUUUAAGAAAGCAGAAGCAUUCAGCCCACGUGCUACUGCCCACAUUGGGCUCCAGCAUCCUGAGUAUGACUUAUGAGGGUCUCUUUGCUCAGUUCUCCAGAAAAUGAGGCUUAUUUUCCAGGUCACUGCAAAGUAAGGGGGUUUCUAAGCGAAGAAAUAAAAGUAACAAGAUUUUCCAUGCUGUGAAAUCCCUUUCUGUGGUAGGCUUCAGUGGUUAUGUGAUCACAACUAUUAAAAACUUGUAAGUGUUAACCCUUUUUA